AAGGAAAAAAUCUGCAAAAAGAAAAAAAUCUGCAAAAAAAUAAAUAAAAUCAUCUGUAUUAAAUGUCACUUUUGUAAAAGUUGUGGGACUUCAAGCAAAGUUUCUCCAAACACAGGUAGAAAAUUCUCCCCAAGUCAUGUCUAGGGCUGACCUCCAGAAAAGGAAACGUUUGCUGGAUGAAAUCCCUGUAAGUCCACCGAAGAUCCCUCCUUGCGCCUACCAGCCUGGUCCUGAGCCACCCCCUCCCCAGGAGUAUCAGCUCACAUUAUUUCAGUGGCAAAUCCAACAAGAAGCGCGCAAGUUUGAAGGAGUCGCUCCCGAGUUGCUGAGCAAACAAGAUGCCGACGGUGACACAUGUCUUCACAUAGCUGUGGCCCAAGGCAGAAGAGCUCUGGCCUACAUGCUUGCUUCCAAGAUGGCCGUCCGUCUACGGUGCUUUAGAGGUGAAAGAGCACAAUGGGCAGACGCCGCUUCAGGUGGCCGCGGCAGCCAAUCAGCACCUCAUCGUAGGUGACCUGCUAGAGCACGGAGCAAACUUGCAGACUUGUGGGGGCGCUCCCCUCUGCACAUUUGCGCUGAGAAAGGAUUCCACCUCUGUCUUCAGAAUUAAAGUACCAGAUGAUUAUGGAUGCACCCAAGCAAAGCCAAGUAGGUGUUGGACCUGGCGUUCAAAUGCAAAGAAACAUGGGAGACUAUGCCGAGGUUCACGGACCCUACAGAGCCAAUCGCGGGUAUUCAGCCUCGCUGCAGCCUCUCCAAGUCCACAACGGUCUGUCUAAUCCACCGCGUGCGUCCACCCUGAGGGAAUGUGAGCUCAUCAUCCGUCAGCUGUACAACACCAACAGUUUACAGUCCCAGCAAAUUGUGCGCUACAAGGAGUUGCUGAAAGAUAUUGGGCUCAACAAGAGAAUCACCCCCGAAAACUACAACCUGACCAAAGCCUUCCUUGCGGAUGAUAUUCGCAAAUUCUCUGACAACACAUUUCCGAAACUGGAUCUGAAAACAGAAAAAACGACCGCCGUUGGCCUCCCGGCGCUCACGCAGGGCCUCAACUCAUCUGUGGCGGAGCGCCAGAGACGGAAUCGCGCCGUGCACAGAAGCCACGUCAAGGGCACGGUGCGAUGAGAUGAUCCAGAUGCUCACCUCUCACCUGC